UUGAGGAUGUUGUAUUGCAUUCUAGAUAUAGAAAGCUAUGAACGGCUUGAUGAAUGCACCUCAUUCUUUCUUCAUUGGAGUCACUGAAGCAGAAGGGUUUGAUCAAUCCUUCAGGGAGGGAAAGGAAACUUCCUCUCAAGAUUUUGGGUACCGGAGAACUAAGCAUGAAGCUCAACUUCAAAGCUCGUGCCUUCUCGACACAAGCAAAAGAGAAACUUGAAGCUUCAGGAUGUACACUCACUGUGUUGCCCGGAAGGAAGAAAUGGGUUAAGCCUUCGGUUGCAAAGAACCAAGCACGAGCAGAUGAAUACUUUGCCAAGAAGAGAGCUGCAGCAGCAGCAGAAGCAACAACUUCAGAGCCUGCAGCUUCUGCUUAAUAUUACUUUGAUACGAUUCAUCAUCGUACUACUUAAAGAAGAAGAAACAAACUGAUGACGUGGAGUAGAGCAAAGAGUGGAGGAAAAGACUCGAAAAGAAAGAGAGGCUUUGCCGUUGCAGAAUGAGUUUAAAAGAGCCUUGGAAGCUCAUCUUCUUCAUUAUGUUGAAUAUUGUGA